UAGAGUUUAUUACGAUUUUUUUUCUUAUUUAAGAGUUUUCCAUUGUAAGGGAAAAUUAAUAGAUGUACCAAAAUUUGAUGCAAAAUUUUCCGAGUAAGAAACAAAGUUGGACUAUUAAUGGAUAAAAAUUAUUACAGAUGACGUUACCAGAUGAAGUUUAGGUUUAAAUUUAUGUAAAUCUAAGUACUAUUUUAACUAAUUAUCUGAAUAAAUUCUUGCAUAGCUUAAAAAUAGGAAGAACUGGUAAAAGCUCGUCUUUUUUAGCUUAGUUAGUGGGAUGUUACACACUCUAGAAAACAAUUCUUUCUCCAUUUCUUUUUCCUCAAAAUUAAUCACAAUGUAUAUUGUCUUGAACAAGAGUUUCCACAGAUUUUACACAGUCCUGGAUUCUGUCUUCUCUCCAAAACAUGAACUCUGUUUAUUAUUUAGCAGGAUUAACAUUCCUUUUCAGUUUUUUGAUUCUCUUUUCUCCUGACACAUGUAAACUUUCGAACGAUCUGGGUCUACAUCAAUGGUUUCCGAUGCAAAAGGAAGAAAAUUGUGACUUGUUUAAGGGUCAUUGGGUCCCUGAUCUGAGAAGGUCUCAGUAUACAAAUGUGAGCUGCAAGUCGAUUCCUGACUCGAAGAAUUGUUUCAAGCAUGGAAGGAAAGACACAGAUUUUUUAAACUGGAGAUGGAAACCUGAUGGCUGUGAGCUUCCGAGAUUCGAUCCCAGGAUUUUUUUCGCAAUUGUUCGAGGAAAGACAAUGGCUUUUAUAGGAGAUUCAGUUGCUCGGAACCAUGUGGAAUCGCUUCUAUGUCUCUUGUCAUUGGAGGAAAUCCCAGUAAGCACUUUCAGAGAUGCUGAAAAUCGAUCUCUAACUUGGCAUUUUCCUAAUAACAAUUUUAUUCUGAUGGUCCUGUGGACUAAGUUUUUAGUGAUAGAAGAGGAGAGAGUGAUCAAUGGGACAAAUUCAGGUACUUUUGACUUGCACCUAGACAAGAUUGACAGGAAUUGGACAAGUAAACUUCCUGAAAUGGACUAUGCGAUCAUCUCAGACGUACAUUGGUUCUUUAGGAAAAACUUUCUAUAUGAAAAUGGGAAUUUGAUAGGAUGCAUAUAUUGCAGCGAGCCAAACCUGAAGAGCUAUAAUCUUGAGUUUGCGAUUGAGAGGAUAGUGAGACUUGUACUUACUUACGUCAGCAACUGCAAGGAAUGUAAGGCAGGGUUAUUGACAUUGAUAAGGACAUACUCACCAGCACAUUUCGAGAAUGGGUCGUGGAACACAGGAGGAAAUUGCAACAAGACAGCGCCCCUCCGAGAAGAGGAGAUCAACUUGGAAAGUUCAGAUUGGAAGCUUAGAAGCGUUCAAGUAGGAGAGGUAGAAAAGGCAAGAAAAGCAGAAAAGAGAGGAAAAAGAUUUGAGGUUUUUGAUGUCACCAUGGCUAUGUUAAUGAGACACGAUGGACAUCCUGAUGCUUAUUGGGGUAACAAAUGGAUGAAAGGAUAUAGCGACUGUGUACACUGGUGCAUGCCAGGCCCGAUUGAUGUAUGGAAUGAUUUGUUGAUGGCAUUGCUUAAGAGAUAUAUAGAUUCCUCCAGACUUAAGGAGAUAAAUCAAUGACAACAUUUACAGUUUAAAAGAAUAGAUUGCUGACAUUUGUGGUCUGAAAUAUUGGAGAAGUGUUGUUUAUUUUUCUUUUCAAAAAAAAAAAAAAGAAUGCAGCACUGCCUUUAAUUGUUGACAAAUUGAGUUGUUUUAUUAAUCAUGUCUUAUUUGUUUCUUCUA